GCGGCGUUCCGGUAGUUAGCCAGGUUGCUACCAAACACAACAGCAAAAAAAGUAACUUAAGUGCUUUAAACGUCGCCUGAAAUCCGUGACACUGCCUUUUCCCACCUCGGCAGCGAUUUAUAAACCAUAACAAGCCCUAUAGAUAGAAAAUAUCAACUUUUGUGAAGGAAAAAGUUGCAUGGAGUGCUGCAUUACCAACUGGACUUGGUAGCCUGCCACCUUGGACUCCGAAGACCAAGAUUGCUCCUUCAGUCUUGGAACUUUUUAAGAAAAUGUACUGUGACUCUUUUUGGUUGUGUUGGGAUGUCUCCAGCAGUUGAUGGUGCUGGUCAGCAUUUUAAUUUGAUUGGUCUUCCUUCCUUUUGUUGGAAUGUUAGCGUUGACUGCUGGACCGACAGCUGACAUCCAGUUGCGCCUCGCUGAUAUCAAUCCUGACCUCCUUUGAAGAGUCUCGGAUUGCAAUUACAUUUGUCCCAAAUUUCCAGAUAGUCAUGUCGACAGAGGGAGGGGAUCGUGGGAAAGAAAGAGAGCGGGGCGCCCGUCCCAAGGCCCGCCAGAGCCGCUCCGAAGAACGACAGGAUGGAGGAAGGAGGAAAGGAGGCAGAGGGAAGAGGAAAGGCCACAUGGCCCAUGAGCCAGCAUCUGAGCGACCGGUUAGUGAUGGGUUUGAAUAUGGGGACUUCUUAAAUAGGCUGGAGUCUGGAAAUGGAAACUCAUCGUCUCCCGUACGUGAACGCCGCUGGAGGCAGGUUCUUGGCUCAUCGAGUUCUUUGCUGCCUGAGAGAGCCUCUGCCAGGCCAGUUUCAAACUCCCCCAGUACAGACCAGCCAGUUUCUGAGACCAGCAGCAAGUCUUCCAGCAGUAGUCGCACCCUCAGGCAGAAGAUCCAAGAUGCUGUAGGCCAGUGCUUUCCCAUCAAGUCCCACAGUGGAGCUUGUGCUUCUGCACAGGGUCUCUCAGCAUCUCCUUCCACAUCCUCAUCCCGGAGGAAGAUCCAUUUGAGUGAGCUGAUGCUGGACAGUUGCCCAUUCCCAGCUGGUUCGGACCUUGCUCAGAAGUGGUACCUCAUCAAGCAGCACACGGCUCCCAUCUCCCAGCCGCCUGUCCUGGAAUCCCUUGCUGGAGCCACAACUAGAGCAUCCUCAUCCACCAGCAUUGCUGCUGCUGCUGCUGCUGCUGCUGGUGCUUCAGCUGCUCCUGUGGUCGAGGAUGAGGACGACCGCUUGCGGGAAAGAAGGAGAAUAAGCAUAGAGCAAGGAGUCGACCCACCACCCAAUGCCCAGAUCCACACAUUUGAGGUGACUGCUCAGAUCAACCCACUGUACAAGCUGGGUCCCAAGUUGGCACAUGGGAUGAACGAGUUGGCGGGGGAUGACCGUGCCACUCUCCAGCAACAGCAGCAGAUGCUGCAGAGGCAGCAGCAACAGCAUCAGCUUCUUCUGCAAAGCUGCUUGGACACUCUUGAUGAGGUUGCUGCUGCUUCUGCUUCCUCUGUGCCCUCAUUCUCCACUGAAUCCCAUCCAGAUUCAGACUCUUCUUCCUCCUCGUCUCCCCAUUCCUUGACGAGAGGUUCCUCGGUUCAAACAGAUCACACCGAAUCCCAGGAUGCCCAGCAUCGCAUCCACACUCAGAUUGACUACAUUCACUGCCUGGUGCCGGACCUGCUGGAGAUUACAAACCUACCAUGCUACUGGGGCGUGAUGGACCGCUACGAGGCCGAGACACUCCUGGAAGGUAAACCCGAGGGUACCUUCCUUCUACGGGACUCUGCCCAGGAAGACUACCUGUUCUCAGUCAGCUUCCGGCGCUACGGCCGCUCACUACAUGCCCGCAUCGAGCAAUGGAACCACAACUUCAGCUUCGAUGUGCAUGACCCCAGUGUGUUCCACGCACCCACGGUCACAGGGCUCCUGGAGCACUACAAGGAUCCCAACUCCUGCAUGUUCUUUGAGCCACUGCUAUCCAACCCCAUCUACCGCAUGCAGCCAUUCAGCCUCCAGCACAUCUGCCGGGCAGUGAUCAGCAGCUGCACCACUUAUGAUGGCAUCACCGCCUUGCCCAUUCCCAACGCACUCAAGGAGCACCUGAAGGAGUACCACUACAAGCAGAGGGUCCGCGUACGCAGGCUUGACACCUGGAGGGAAUAAAGCCUGCAUAGUGUGGUAAAUUCUUCCACGGCCAGUAUCGACAAGUGCGUUACUGACCGCUUCAAGGAACCAGUGCGCACUGACCCAGCUUGCUACAGCAAACCCGGAUGUCCUAAUGCUUGCGAAUUUGAAUGUUCAGGGAAAAAUAAACUGAUGAGUGUGAAAGGGCUAGAAUAUCCUUGAGAGCUUGCAACAAACCCAGCGAACUCUGGGUUAAUGGGUGCAUGUCAGUUAGUGUGCCAUGGGCUUAUUUAUGACCUAUUGCAGGCAGAGGCUCUACGAGUGCCUAUGCCCUAUUGCAGUAUUGUCUUGUGGCGGGAAUGAAUACCAAAGUGCCACUUUUGUUAAAGGAACAGUUUAUCCAUUUUUUCAAAUUCCGUUUUUCCCACCAUGCGGUGUGGUACGGUAUGGUUACAAAUCAUUGUCAUUUCCACUGCCAAGUGAGCAGCACCUUACCUGAGUGUCCGUGUUGAAUUUGAUUACCUUUCUGGUUAGGGGGUACAAGUGUCCCGAGCUGGAAUGUAAGGAUGUACGGGUCAAAUGUCAUCAGUCGGAUGACCCCGGUUCAGAUUUGUAACCGCACUCUGUUGGACCAGACUUCCUGGUGGGAAAACGCAGUUUCACAAUUGCCGUCUUGCCUUUGGAGGGAGGCUGAGUUGUUCAACAGGCUACAUAGCCUGAUUCUUAAGCCAUUUUAUCUCACUUUUAGUUUAGUUCAGGUUGUUUUAGCACACAGUCACUGAUUGUUUCGCUGUUCUUCUUGAGUACCUUCCCUGAAAUGGUGCAGUAAGUAAUACUUGUACAUUUGCUUGGCUUGUCAGGUCAUCAGAUUACGAACUCGCGUGCAUAGUCCUUCAAACUACUGUAGAAAAGAACGGCAUGGUGCACAUCUGUAGUGUCACGUCAGUUCACUGUAACGUUCCUAACCUGCUGAGUGUAGUUGAUCUUUGUUGCGCUGUCACAAAACUUAUUACUUAUUGUACCUUUUAAGGCAGGGUCAAGUGAAAGUUUGGUCAACUUGUCCUUUAACAUCUGUCUGUCAGCAAUUUUUGGCAUUUCAGUGAAGGAAUAUAGAUUAUGGGCCACUUUGAUCUUAUCCAACGAUAAAACAAUGUUUUCGGUCAGGUUAGAUCGGCGGUGCUGAUUUGAGUGACUAAAAAAAAAAAAUGCUGUCGAGCGCCUUGGGAAAUUUCCUAACUGACUGAAUGUAGCAGUUUUAAUAUUUUUAUUUUGCUUAACAAGACAGAAGAAGAAAGUACACCACCAAACUUCAGUGGUUGGUAAUGCCUUCACAUGCUCGUAAUUGUGUACUUGAGACUUAAUUCAGGGAACUGCAUGUUGAAAUGUCACAGAGUAAGAGGUUCAGCUUUCAAGUAUUAAUGGUAACCAUGUACACGAGUCACCAAGUCCACUACUGCUAUCAGUAUUACCAUCUCAGCGCCUUGUGAGAUGCUUGGUUUUUCUCAGUCUGGGUCUGUUUUUGCCGCUUGAGGGUUUUAAGAUGGCAGAUGAACAAUUUUACCCAAUCAUCCACUUACACCACAUUUAAUCAUUUGACCAAGACAUGUCUAGUGUCAAAAAGUAGCUAAGAACAGUGCUUGCAGUUGUCUUGUGGCCUGAAUUUGUUUUAUUUGGUAGACCACGUUCUUAAAGGGGCUCUCCGGCCAAAAUGAAGCGUUAACUGUUGCUACGUCUGGUAAACAUGCUGAACAUGCUACAGUGGCGCCAACAUAGACUCUAGAGUGCGGUUUUCCCAUUUAAAGACUAAUAAAAGCCCCUCCUGAUGAUGCAUUAGGAAGUAGGAGGAGGUUUCUGUGUUUGAAUUCCUGUUCUGUAUUUAAAUUAAUUAAUUUGUAUUGAUUUUUUUUAGCUAGUGAAGCAGAGAAGAUUAACAUUAAUUGCUGUCUUGUAGCCGGACUGUAGUCUUCAUCAUUUCGGUGGAGAGAAUGCAUUAAUCAAGCGGCAGAAUUGACUCAGAUGAGGAAUACAGGCUAAAAGUUAAAGUUAGCAAUGUAGCUACCCGGCUAUCUUGAUACUUUACCUCAGUUUGGCUUCUUUUUUCUGGCUAAAAAGAUCAAAUUAAAUUAAAUUAAAUGUAAAAAAUCUCUGGCACCCAUUUUGUGGCGAUCAUAGACAGAAUUACUAUGUUCUUCAUGAUUUUGCAAGUUGACCGAGGCAAAAGUUGCACCAAUGCUAGCUUUGGGUGUGUUUAUUAGGUCAGCGGCCAGGCUAGCAGUUAAGAUUUGGUGGCACCACAGGGUUGUUUAAUGCAUUUUCCUGCUAGGCUCGGUGUCGUAGUGAGAGAAUAUCGAUGAAGGAGAACACGAGUCAGUGGGGAAUGAUGCAAAAUUAUAAAUUACAUUAAACUGAUGAUGCUGAGGGUUACAGUGCUGUGCUAAAAAGGCCGGAAUGCCCCUUUAAGGAAGCUUUCGCUUGGUGAACAAGUCCCAACUUAAGCUGCCUUUAUAGCAAAUAACCUCGCAUAUUCACAAAUAAUACUCUGUAAGGUUCUGAUUUCACUGUACUCACAUUUAUCUACUGCACAACACGGCCAAAACAGACCGUACUAAGAACUGUUGGUUCAUCCUUGCAAUUCUUGUUUUUCGGUGGACUGAAUGCACAAUAUUUCUUGCAGUGUUCUCUCUGAUUUUAACUUGGAUUAACAUCAUUGUUUUAUACUGAACUGGCUCCUCUGUAUAACACUGAUGAGCACUGGAUUUGAAGGGGAAUUCCACCAACACUUUCAAAGUUUCCGUACAGUUAAAUGGCAGCGAUAUAAAUGGUCAUUUGGAGUGGCUUGGUAUGAAAACAGUCUGAAUUGUUCACAGUGGUGGUGAUGGGAACCAGACGUCCACCCUUAAAAGCUCCCACACAGGCAGUAUUACAUGAAAUGGUUAUGAUCUGGUGCUGUAGUACCUCCAGACUGCCCAUAAUAAUAAUAAUAAUAAUAAUAAUAAUAAAUAAUAAUAAAUAUAGCCACAGGCGGCAAUUUGUGGGGUCCAAGCUUGCUUGCAAGUUCGCCCAACAUUGAUAAUCUGAUCGGCAGAUGGCAGCUAUGUGUUUUUGAAUAUGAUAUCAGUCUCAUAGAUCCUGAUCCAGGACAGCACAUUGUAGCAACAAGCCAGUUUUCAUGGAAAUCGGACGACUUUUGGUUGCGUAACGCUUUUUUUGCUUGUUAUAGCACCACCUAGCGAUGCAGUUGCACCAAACUCUGAAGAUAGUUUAUGACUGCCACAGCGUACACGCCUGUGAAUUCUCGUAACAGUCGGCCAAUGCGUUUCUCUGUUAGAGCUGUAUAUACAUGAUGAUUGAAAUUUGAGCUCCAACCACGAUACGCAGUGAUGAAAUUCCAUUUUUUUGGUAAUUUAUUACAGAUCCGCUUCUUCGGCUUCUAACGAGAACAGAUUUGUGCAGAUUGUGCAAAGACUCAGGGACAAGUUCGCGCUCUAAAAAUUUGCAUAAAAUGUAAAUUACUUUAAAAUCUAUUGAGAUUAUUAACAUGGACAAAAUAGCUGUUCUGUGUGCCAUGGCAUCAGUAAUCGGGAGAAGAAGGACUUUUGUCUCUAUGACAUACGGUACAAAACAAAUGGUACGCCAGCCUUAAACGUACAAAGCUUUGCUGUAGCGCCACCGUCAGGCCGAUUGGGCUGAGCCUGUGCACCGUAGUCUACUUUGUGCUUGGACCCCUAAUAAUAAGUUCUGAAAGCAAAGACCCGGGUGUUCUUGUUUUGGAGUGUAUUUUUUUGGAUAUUUAUAUAUUUUGUUUCUAUAUUAUUAAAACCUCCAGUGAGCCAGACUGCUUCCUUGACAACUGUUGGAUGCUUUGGGGGUGCAUCACUAAAACGCAUGCAGAGUUAUAGGCCUGUUUUGACCCCCAUAGCAACUUAUUAUUAUAUCGAUUAUAUUGCUUUGAAUCUCAAAAAUGAGAAUAUAGCCCAAUAAUGUUUUUAAACUGCUAUAUUUCCCGCUUAGUGUGUAUUCCAGUGUUGAGUCCUGCUAUGUUACUAUGGGACACCGUCACUUACUGCGCCUAUCUGAUUGGUCACUGGUUCAUUUGCAUAAAGUUCGUCCAGACAAAAUAGCAGAGAGAGGGUGUAGGCCUACAUCAGUGGUCUGAUAUGUCAGUUAUAUCUAUGUAUUGUUGUCUUUAGCCUGAUUAUAGUAUGUUUUGACACAUUCUCUUGAAGAUUUAAUGCAAAAAGGCAAAUCGUUUUGCACGACAUCAUUGUUCACGUCACAUAUGCUGCUUAAAAUCUCAGCAUGUCCAACUUUAAAUACCUUCCCUGGUUGAGAAUACACUGCCUGAUGUCUGAGAGACUGCGUUACAGUAGGUUUACAGUAACGUUUUGGCCAAAAAUAUAAUUUGGUGGAGGGAUGCGUAAUAUGUAAGGCGUUGUGAGGCAAAAUAGUCCCCAAAGAAAACUUAUUAAUUUUAGAUUUUCCACUAUUUUACCAUCAUCAUCGUCCCAUAUUAACUCAGAAGACUCAUGUAGGUUCUCUGGUGGUUCUAGAUAGUAAAUAAAAUGUCUGUAUUUGUGUUGUCGUCAUGGCGACCCCUGGUUCCCAUCACCACCACGGUAAAGACUGUAGAAACAUCAAUGGAAUUCCCCUUUAAGACAAAAAAGGACUUGAGCUUUGUGAUUGGCACGAUACCGUAAGGUAGGGAGGGGUUAAUUCAUAUAUAAUUCAAAUUAUGAUUGCUGAUGUAAAACGUAGGUCUGUUGAAUGAAAAUAAUGCAGUAUAAAUGAAUUACAGAACCAGCAAACUUUUAUUUUUUCGUAAAUGGAACUUGACUUUGUUAAAUAACCAGUUUCAGAUUUUUGCCCAAGCUUAAAGGUAUUUACUAAUUUAUUUCCAUUAUUUAUUAAGUUGAUACAAAAGUCUUUUUCUUCUGUACCCUGAAAACAGCUUGAGCUCAUGAAAAAAAUAACAAAACAAAAAUAACAAAAUAACAGAGCCUACUUGAACUGCAUGUGAUGACAUGAAUUUCAUUAAGAGAAAUAUUAAUUAAUACAGUCCAAAAAAAAGCAUUUUCUUAAAUGAAAGAAUAUGAUUUGCUUUUAGUAUUCUUGAAUAAAGAAAAACUAUUACUGUG